CAUCAGGACAAACGCUUUUAGAGAGAGAAAGUGAGGAGAGUGCUUUUAGAGAGAGAAACAGGAUAGAGAUUGUGAGAGGGCUUUUAGAGAGUGAAACAGGAUAGAGAAUGUGAGGAGGGAGCUUUUAGAGAGAGAGAAAGACAGAAAGUGAGGAGAGAGCUUAUAGAGGGAGAUUUGUUUCUCAAUCAAAAGAGACAUUUUAGAGAGAGAAACAGGAUAGACAGAGAGGAGAGGGCUUUUAGAGAGAGAAAGGAUAGAGAAAGUGAGGAGAGAGAGUAGAUAAGAGGAGGGACGUUGGAGAAAAUGGCGUGAUCAUUUUGUCAGAACCAGAAGAGAGAGAAAGAGGGGAAGAGAGAAUUACAGAGAGGACGAGGGAGAGUCACGCGUUCGUGGAGAGAGAGAGAGAGACUGAAUAGGCUUGAGAAAGCAAUUGAGAGAGAUGGGGUUAGAGAGAGAAGUAGAAAAAAUUUGAAUUGAGAGAGUGAAACUGAUAUAGAGAUAGAGAGAAAUGGGAAAGACCAGCGACAAAAGUCAAUAGAAAGAGGAGAGAGUUCUCCAUUCCUCAGUAAGAGAAACACACAGGUAUAGAGAGAGAGAGAGAGAGAAACCAAAUAACCCACACUGAGAGGGAGAGUUUCGAAACCGGGGAGAGAAGUAAAGCUUCAAAACCAGAGAGAUACAGAGAGAAGCAAAGCUUGAAAACCCACAACAAUGGCGGCGAAAGAGCCUACCCCAGAAGCUCAGAAGCACCCAGAUCUCUCACCUGAAGAGCAAUCCCCCAUUGAGGAGGUUGCUCUUGUAGUUCCAGUCACUGAUGACCCAAACCUCCCUGUAAUGACAUUUAGGGCCUGGUUUUUGGGCAUAACUUUCUGUGUUUUCCUCAUGUUUGUGAACACUUUCUUCACCUAUAGAACCCAACCUCUCACUAUCUCAGCAAUUCUGGCUCAAAUUGCAGCGCUCCCAAUGGGUAGAUUCAUGGCCGCCACUCUUCCUAAAAAGGAAAUGAGGGUUUUGGGUUAUAGUUUCUCUCUCAAUCCAGGUCCUUUUAACAUUAAGGAGCACGUCAUCAUAACCAUCUUCGCGAAUUGCGGGGUUGCAUAUGGUGGUGGAGAUGCUUACUCCAUUGGUGCCAUUACUGUUAUGAAGGUUUAUUAUAAGCAGAGUUUGAGCUUCUUGUGUGGCCUUUUUAUAGUCUUGACUACUCAGGUAUUGGGUUAUGGAUGGGCUGGCAUGAUGAGGAGGUAUUUAGUUGAGCCCGCUAACAUGUGGUGGCCUUCAAACCUGGCCCAGGUGUCUCUGUUCAGGGCACUCCAUGAGAAGGACUCAAGGUCUAAGGGCCUCUCUAGGAUGCAAUUCUUCAUGGUUUUCAUGAUAGCAAGUUUUGCAUACUACACAUUACCAGGUUACCUCUUCUCGAUAUUAACCUUCUUCUCUUGGGUAUGUUGGGUCUGGCCUCAUAACAUCACAGCUCAGCAAGUGGGCUCAGGCUACCAUGGACUUGGUGUGGGGGCAUUGACUCUCGAUUGGGCUGGUAUCUCAGCUUAUCAUGGAAGCCCACUAGUGACCCCUUGGUCUUCCAUUGUCAACGUAGCAAUUGGUUUUAUCAUGUUUAUAUACAUCAUUGUUCCCAUUUGUUAUUGGAAAUAUAACACAUUUGAUGCUCGAAAGUUCCCCAUUUUCUCAAGCCAGCUCUUCACUUCGACUGGGCAUAAGUAUGAUACAACCAAGAUUCUCACUCCUCAAUUUGACCUGAAUGAAGCCGCAUAUAACAGUUAUGGAAAGCUUUAUCUCAGCCCUUUGUUUGCUCUCUCCAUUGGAUCAGGCUUUGCUAGGAUCACGGCGACUAUGACCCAUGUCUUGCUCUUUCAUGGCGGUGAUAUUUGGAAGCAAAGUAGAUCAGCCAUGAAUUCAGUUAAACCGGAUAUCCAUGCAAAACUGAUGAGAAAUUAUAAGGAAGUCCCUCAGUGGUGGUUCCUUAUUCUAUUAGCAGGAAGCAUAGGGCUCUCAUUGCUGAUGUCUUUUGUGUGGAAAGAAGAUGUGCAGCUUCCAUGGUGGGGUAUGCUUUUCGCCUUUGGUUUGGCAUGGGUUGUCACUCUUCCCAUUGGUGUCAUCCAAGCAACUACAAAUCAGCAACCCGGCUAUGACAUCAUUGCACAGUUUAUCAUUGGAUACAUGCUACCUGGAAAACCCAUCGCCAACCUGUUGUUCAAGAUCUAUGGAAGAAUCAGCACCAUCCAUGCCCUCCAAUUCCUUGCUGAUCUGAAGCUUGGCCACUACAUGAAAAUCCCACCGAGGUGCAUGUACACAGCUCAGCUAGCUGGUACACUCAUAGCCGGCACAGUGAACCUCGCAAUAGCAUGGUGGAUGCUAGGGAGCAUCAAGGACCUAUGCGAUGUAGAAUCUCUCCACCCUAACAGCCCGUGGACAUGCCCUAAAUACCGAGUAACAUUUGAUUCAUCAGUUAUAUGGGGUCUCAUAGGCCCAAGGCGACUCUUCGGACCAGGAGGAAUGUAUAGGAACUUGGUCUGGUUAUUCUUAGUUGGUGCACUUUUACCAAUUCCAGUUUGGGUUCUAAGCAAGAUUUUCCCUAACAAAAAAUGGAUCCCCCUUAUAAAUAUCCCAGUUAUUUCCUAUGGUUUUGCUGGCAUGCCUCCUGCUACUCCAACUAACAUAGCUAGUUGGCUUGUAACUGGAAUGAUCUUUAACUACUUUGUAUUUAGGUAUAACAAAGGAUGGUGGCAAAAGUAUAAUUAUGUAUUAUCAGCUGCUUUAGAUGCUGGGACUGCUUUCAUGGGGGUCUUGCUUUACUUUGCUCUUGGGAUGGAGAAUAGGAAUUUGAAUUGGUGGGGAACACAGUUGGAUCAUUGUCCUUUGGCUUCAUGCCCAACUGAGCCUGGAGUCUCUGUUGCUGGGUGCCCUGUUUUCUAGUCUCUAGAGAAAGGGAGGUUGGGACUACAGUUUGGGAUGUAAAGAUUUUUGCAUGCUCUUUGGUUACUUGAUAAUGAAUAGAAUGUGCUGGAAGUUCUUUAUUGGGGUACACAUAUUUUGUGAGCUGAAGUCUGUGUGUGUGUGUGUGUUAAUGGAGUGGACAUGAUCAAUAAACUAUGCCCUGUUAUGAGAGCCAA